CGCAUCCUCGACUACGUUCAAUGGCAGCUUUGUGCAAGAUUCACUUCAUCGGACAGUUGUGCAUAGAUCAACACAUAUUCAUUGAACUGAGUAAAAUCCGUUUCGAUUGCGGUGCGAGGAAAGGCAUUUAUUUGGAGCUGGGGGUGGGGGGCUGCGGAUAUGCACGUAGCUGCACCUAUUGUUCAGAUGGAAUUGACCAUCAUAUUCCCAGUAAUAUCUAAAGUGCGUACGCUUUUUUUUGUGUGUGUGUGUGUGUGUGUGUGUGUGCCGCAUUCCUCACCAGGGUUUGACUGAUGGUAAUAAAUGGACGAUAAAGUGGCUUGAAAAUAUAGGUCACAAUAAUCCGAGCGAGCGAGUGUGUGUGUGUGAGUGAGUGCGCGAGUGAGGGGCGGAUACGUUCAUUGUGAGCCUUUAAGGCGCGCUUUUCACGCACACGAGCAAGCAAGCAAAGCGAGCGCGCACGCACGCACGCUACCUUUAUGUGCUCUAGGCUACAUGCUAAGUUAGGCUAGGCUCAGCCGCCCCAGAAAAACAAACAAAACAGUCGGGAAUCAGUCGGAGCAGUCGCUCAUCGCGCCAGCAAGAAACUUCGCCUUCGAGGGAACGAUAGCGUCGUGCGAAUCUCCCCGUCAAACCAGCUUUGCAAUGGGCAAAAAGUCUCGCGAAGACGACUCGUCAUCAUCGGAUGAAGAAGAGUAUGUUGUGGAAAAGGUGCUGGACAGGAGGGUGGUGAAAGGCAGGGUCGAGUUCUUUCUCAAGUGGAAGGGAUAUUCAGAAAAGCACAACACAUGGGAGCCCGAGAAGAACCUGGACUGCCCAGAGCUCAUUUCGGAGUUCAUGAAGACUUACAAAAAAAGUGGGAGUUCCACUCCAAGUAGCGGAGGCAGCAAGUCCAGCAGCACAGCCCCCUCCGGACGUGCGAAAGACUCCGGUAGCUCAAAGAAGAGGGGCUCGGACGAUGAUGAGGAGGGUGGGAGCAAACCCAAAAAGAAAAAGGAGGAGGAAAUUCUAGUGGCCCGCGGCUUUGAGAAGGGCCUCGAACCCGAGAAAAUCAUUGGAGCGACAGACUCGUGUGGCGAUUUGAUGUUCCUAAUGAAAUGGAAAGAUUCCGACGAGGCCGAUCUGGUGCUCGCUAAAGACGCCAAUCUCAAGUGCCCGCAGAUCGUCAUCGCCUUCUACGAGGAACGCCUCACCUGGCACGAAGACGGCGACAAGAAGGAGAAGGACGCAGUGAGUGCAUGAGCGAGUUGGUCGGUGGCCUCCAAAGGAAAGGAAAGGAAAAGAAAAGUUCUCCGCGACAGGGACAAACAAGCUUGCGUCAGACAUUUUUACCCCGCCCACAUCUCACACACACACACACACACACAACUCUCUCUCUCUCUGUACAUUUGUCCAACAAAGACGCUAAUCCAGUGGACACACACUGACAGACAGACCGACCCACAGAAAGACAGACCGACCCUGGGCCCCGACCCAGCGCUCUCUUUAGACCGUCAUCGUGUUUUUUUUUUUUUUGUUUUUUGUUUUUUUUUUGGGUAUUUUUGUCAGCAGGUGUAAGUAAGAGAAAGCCAUCAACGCGCACGGCGUUCUAACGAGAAGCUGCAGAAUCUGCCCCCAUCGGUUUGUGCUCUGCCACCUGGUGGCUCCAAAUGUCCCACCGCGUCGUUUCUAGACUCGUCAAAUCGCUCACGACCAGCCUACGGUUUUCCUUUUUGAAUUUUAGUGCUGAAAUCACGCAAAUCUGAACGGGUGGGUCAUUUUGUUACGUUUACUUGAAGCGCUCGAUUGUUUCCUAAUCGGGCCCAUUCUGCCUUUGAUUAGCAAACAUUUUUCAGUGCUUUCUGUCAGUUUAUCUUCGCAGAUAAAAAUGUUAAUCCAAGAUGGGUGACAAUUUUAAGUGGGUGUCUUGUGUUCCAAAAUAGUUUUUAGGGCCAAAUAUGUUUUUACUGAGCUUUAUUUUACGUAGCAAUGAAACAUACAAUAGUUAUGAUGUGAGGUUUUUUUUUUUUGUUUUUUUUUUCAUAUAUAUAUAUUUUUUUUUAACAUUGCAAAGUUUUUAAACAAGAAGUGAGACGUUCCUUUUGUGAUGUUACAACAAGGUAUGGCAACGUACUUUAAUAAAUU